GACGCGCCCGGCUGCGGGACGCUGACCUUAUUGGCCGUCUCAGGAACAGGGAGGUGUGGAGAAAAGCCUGAAAAACCAAACAAACUUCCCUUUAGCCCAGCGCAGGAACAGACCCAACGCACACAGGUCUCCUCUAACACUUUUCAACAGAAAAACAAGAAACAAACCCUGCGGUCAAAAUGUCUGCAGCCAAGCGUGCCAAGGGAAAGACCACAAAGAAGCGGCCGCAGAGGGCCACGUCCAAUGUCUUCGCCAUGUUUGACCAAUCACAGAUCCAGGAGUUCAAAGAGGCCUUCAACAUGAUCGAUCAGAACAGAGACGGAUUCAUCGAUAAGGAGGAUCUGCACGACAUGCUGGCCUCUCUGGGGAAGAACCCGUCCGACGAGUACCUGGAGGGGAUGAUGAGCGAAGCUCCUGGACCCAUCAACUUCACCAUGUUCCUCACCAUGUUUGGAGAACGUCUGAACGGGACCGACCCUGAAGAAGUCAUACGAAAUGCCUUCACAUGCUUUGAUGAAGAGGCUACUGGUUUCAUCCAUGAGGACCAUCUCCGCGACCUGUUGACCACCAUGGGUGAUCGUUUCACAGAUGAAGAAGUGGACGAGCUCUUCCGCGAAGCGCCGAUCGACAAGAAAGGCAACUUCAACUAUGUGGAGUUCACCCGCAUCCUCAAACACGGCGCCAAAGACAAGGACGACAUGUAAAAACCAGAAAAAAAAAUGCAUACAUAACAUCACCUGUGUAACUUAUCAGAAACAAAAGAAGAUAUUUGUGCUCAUCGUAUAUCUACAGAAGCCAUUAUUGAAGUCCAAAAACACUCCUUAACAUGAAGAUAAAGCUAUGAAGCUUAAAAUAUCAAGAGCUUCACAAGUUUGUACAUUUCAGAAUAUAAAUUCUAUAAUAAUUUGAACUAACAAUUAGCAUUAUUUUAAAAUAAAGAUGUUUUUCCACUUUC